AUGGGUGAAGACUACACAACAUUUGAAAAGUCGGGGGUUACCCAAGAAGAAAUUCUUAAAUGCUCAUUCUCCAAUUGGUGUGAUUUGUUUAAGGACCAUUUGUUUCCGUAUAGAGUGAUCAACCCACUUCCACCUACUUUUAUCGACUAUUUACUCAGCGAUGGAAUAAAGCUAGCAACGAAGCAAACGAGACUAGAACAAACUAGUGAUAACGAAUAUAGUGAUUGGGACGAAGAUGAGACAGACAAUUCUGACCCUCCUCAUUUGAAGUUUAUCCACUUGCAUGAUCAAAUUAGCAAGUAUGUGGAGAAAUUGGGAGGUAAGGUGAUCCCCAAAUUGAAUUGGUCAAGUCCAAAAGAUGCCAGCUGGUUGUUACCAGGAAACACGAUCAAAAGCAUUGAAGCCAAUGAUAUAUACCUACUUUUGAAAUCAUCAGACCACAUAGUUGAUGAUUUGUUGUAUCCCUUCCUGGAAGUUGAGGAUCCAAAGGAUGUCAAAGUUGCGUAUGAAUUGGUUUUAAAAAAGUGGGAAGAUAUCAACCCUGCAUUAGAGUUUAGGGUGUUUGUAAAGGAUGGAAAUAUCCUAGGUAUAUCUCAGCGUGACUUAAAUUACUAUGACUUUUUGAAAGACCUAGAGCCAGAGUUGAAUGCGAGGAUCAGCAAAUUUGUUUACAAUGAGGUGAUUCCAAAUUUGAAAGUGGAAAAAUUCAUUCUUGACGUGUAUAUACCAAGACCAUUCGAUAAGGUUUACAUUAUCGAUAUAAAUCCAUUUCUGCGUAAAUCAGAGUCGCUACUAUUUACUUGGAAUGAAUUGUUGACACGAAAUCCUAAGGAUGACAAUGAAUACGAAUUCAGGCUAAUCAACGAGACUAACCUUGCGGCAUUUGCAAAGAAGCAAUACAGUGAAAGCCAAGUGCCGAUAGACGUUGUUGGUGCGGCCAACGACACAGAAGCUUUGAUCAACUUGGCUAGAGAAUGGGAGAAGUUGCAGACAAAAGAUGGGAGCAUAUCACCAUAA